CAUGUUAUUCUCCUUGCCUAUGUUCGAGAAGGAGCAAGUAAAAGUGCACAAGAUUGGAUCGGAGAUUCUAUUAAUAACGACACACCGACCUUUGGAGGACAAUCACAGAUGGAGCCGAUUUGAGAGGCAGUAUCUGUUCGAAGCUCCAGACGACGAUGCAAAGUGUUGCGUCAGCUUCAGAGCUGGUAGUCUCUUUGUUAAAAUGCCCAAGAUCACCACCAAGACAACUUUUCAACCACCAUUUAUAGCCAUCGUACCUCCUGGGCACGAUGGGAAGGAAGAGCGACCAAUCGUAGCGAGAUCGACUGAAGACAGUGAAGUCAAGGGCAGAGUUGAGGCAGCAGGCGAGGUCGCUGGGGGUGAGCAGAUGGCGGCAGCAAAGAUCUUCGAUAGACCAUCGAGGUUUCAAACUGCGGCAACACCAGAGCCAGUCCAAUUGAACCGCCUAAGUGAUGGGUGAAAAUUCAAGAAAAAGAAUCAAAAUCCCGAAGAUGGCUUUGACUCCGAGGAGCCAAGGGAUCACGAGAAGACGGAGUGGCGUCAAUUGGAGCAGUUUGUCGACGGGGGAGCCACCGCAACCAGAGUUCCACCAUCGCCUCUGUUAGCCUUAGUCUCUAUGGCGUGCACACCAAAACCACAACCAGCUGCCGACGAGACGGAAUCGCAACACGAGUUGAUUUCUAGGUCGGUGAUUUCGUCGCCUAUUCUCGGUAAUUGCAAUAGAGCUUGGUUACACGAAAUUAACUGGGAAUUUUAGG